AUGAAGAACCGCCCAAUUGUAGAGAUAACCCCAGAGAUCCUGGAAUAUAAAUUAGAAUACACACCAGAUCUCCGGUGUGAGAAGCAGACAGACUUGGUGCCGAUCUGCCACAGCUGCAAGUCCUGCAUCUUGAAAUGGAAGAUGUUCUCCACCCGCGAGUGGUUUCUGAGGGUGAGCCAAGCUUCCCAGAGGCAGUUCUUGGUGGGGAUAAUCAAACGGUUCAGAAGCCAGGACCUCCUGAAUUAUGCCUGGAACCUGCUACAAUCCACCAACACCAAGGACUUCACCUAUUCCCGGUCCUGCGUCAGCUCCAGCUUCACAGCCGCUUCUAUCUCGAACCGGGGGCUGGAUCCGCAGCAACUGGAGCACUCCAUGGUAAACCUCUGGAGGUGGUUCUUAAAUGCCAGUUUUUGGACCAAAUCCAACUACAUCUUGCUUUUGCUGCAGAUGUGUGAUGCACAGCUGCUGCUGAUGGCUGCCAGCCUGAUUUGUAGCCUCUUGAGCAAAGGUAAGAUCACCACAGAGAGGCACAGUCGGCUUGGUCAGCUGUAUUCUGUGUGCUGCAAAGAUGCAGAAGGUGAGUGCAAGCUCUGUUCUUCUCAUCAUAUACCAUUUGCUGGCUUCUGUGUCCUUGCCACAGAUAAUCUACAUGCACCGUGGCUUUUGUCCAGAGAGUCAGAUCAGCUGUUUGGAAUCCCAUUGGAGGAUGUGGACCAUCCCAGUCAGUAUUCAGUGGUAUUGAAUGUCUCACCCCCUGUGCCUGGCCCUUCCCAGAAGACCGUCAGCGUGAACAAGUUCAGAGAUUUCAUUCGCUGCCUGCCCAUCUACCUGUCUAAGCGCAUCUUGCGCAUGCUGGAUUCCAAAUCUCUGACCAGAUGUGCCUAUGUGAGUCUACACUGGCUGUUCCUGGUCAAGCAAAUUAGGAAGGACAUCCUAGCGGGUCAUUCCCUCCGAAGUGAGAUUGCAUUCAUGCAGGGGUCAUGCCCUAAAGGAGCAAUUUCCAACUAUGCCAAAAUAGUCAAGGUUGCUGUACCUCAGAUCAACAAAGAUGGUGACAUCAUCCCAAUCAAAGGCAAAAACAAGCUACUACCAAAGGAGUCCGAACUCAUGCAGAAAGCUUAUCACGGCCAAGAGACAGACAUUGUGAAGUUAGAAGAAAGGAACAUCUUCUGUAGCAGCUAUAACGUCCGUGUUCUGGUAGACAGUGUGGAUCCCAACAGAGUGGUUCACUACAGUGGUGGAAAGCUGUUGGCCUUUGGUUCUACAGACCGAAAAAUCCAUUUUCUGAACGUGAAUGACCUGAAGCCUGUCCCUCCUCUCCUCUAUGGACAUGCUGGUAGCAUCCGGGCUGUGUACCUCAAUGAGCCGAAGGGAUUUCUUCUGAGUGGCAGCUAUGAUCUCAGCAUUAGAAUGUGGAAUAUCUUCACUGGGACAUGUGUGAGAAUUUUUAAUGGCCACUCAGGGAGCAUCACUUGUUUGGAUGUGUACAAAAACAAAUUUGUGUCUGGAUCCAAAGACUGCACGGCAAAAAUGUGGAGUAUAGAAACUGGGAAAUGUCUUAAGACCUUUGGGCACAAGGGUAUUGUAUGGAGUGCAAAAAUGAAUGACACUCAUCUUGUGAGUGCCUGUGACAGAGGAAUAGUGAAAGUGUGGCACGCCGUAACGUGGAUAUUGAUCAAGAUUUUACAAGGUCACCAAGGUCCUGUGAAAUGUCUGUCAUUUGAUGAGUGGCAUCUUGUGACAGGAAGCAGUGAUGGCUACAUCCUGGGGUGGAGCAUGCUAGGAAAACACAAGAGAUGUCUGGUGGCUUUCAGGCAUCCUAUGGAGGUUCUGCACCUAGGCUUUCUCUAUCUCAGAGUCAUCAGUGGCUGUGCUGAUGGGAAGAUACGCAUAUUUAACUUCCUGACCGGGACCUGUCUGAGGGUUAUGAGAGCCAAUAGUAGAGGUGACCCUAUCAUGUCCUUCUGUAUUGUUGAAAACAAACUAUUGAUCAAUGCACAAGGCAGUGUUGUUUUGUUCAUGUUUGAGGAGGUGAAAUGGGACCAUUCACAAGCUGCGGAACAGGUAAUUAAAAAACAGGACAGAAGCAAAGGUGAUGUCCUACCAAUUCAAAUGAAGCCACCUCCACAGUUACAUACUGAGCGGCAGAAACGGGCCAAGAAGACAAAUUGGAAACUUUACAGCAGAGACAGCAAUGAUGUCAUGCUUUCCUAUAGUAUUACUCGGAGGUCUGCACGAUGCUCCAGAGAUUCUCCAGACCUUCUUUAUGAAAUGGUGAAGGCACCUCCACCUAGGAAAAGGAAUAAUGUGAGAUCACUGGAUGUGAGUCCUGAUGAGAAACACAGACUCUCUUUACUUGCUAAGAGAUAUGACUUGGAGGACCCACAGUCUAUAACAACCCUAAAAGGUUAUUCUGAUGACGAAUCAGACACUGAGCCUCCAGCUCCUGUCUCAUUUUGUGAGAAUGCUGAAGCUUUCAUACAGUAUAUAAGGAAAAGACGCCCUGUACAUUCCAUUUCUAAUGACCAGAUGCUGCUCACAAUUGGCACAGUGCAGCAUGUCUACAAGAAUGACCAAGUCAGUGCCAAUAUGGCUUAUAACAUGAAAAUCAAAGAUGCUUGGGGGCCUGCACCCCCUCAGAAAGACCAGCGCAAGAUCAUUCCGGCUCCCCCAAGUCCAGAGCAACAGAAAAUAGACCCACCAUUGCAACUGAAAGAACUUAUGGCUUCUGGUGGCUCUCUGGGUAUAGAAAGGAUUUCCACGCCCUAUGAAACCAGGACACUGCAGGUCAACUUAAAGAACUCCUUGCUCGGGAGUAGCGUCAAGUCCUCCAUUCCUGCCCCCACUAUCACCCGCUCCAAGUCAUGCAGCAGUUUGUCAGGAGUUAAGAACGCCUAUACCGGCCAUGCCAAGAUCCCUUCUCCACCUGGUACUGGGGUACAGCUCAUCGGUCACUUUACAGGCUCUUCUGAAUCCAUCAAGAUGCCCCGGAUGAAGAUUGCGCAACCCGGCAUAGGAGCACGCUCACAACCCCCAAAACUCUUCUUUACCCACACCCCAAACCCAUUGCGGCAGAAUACUGGGUUCAGGCUUUUGACAACACAGCAAAUGAAACAAUAUGCAGAAGAGAAGAUAUCUGAGUAUCAGGCAAACCAGACAAAAGUUAUAACCAACAGGAAGAAAGAAUGUAAGAAUGCCUGGUUAAGGAAAAUUCAAGGUCUUCCCAUUGAUGAUUUCACAAAGGAGGGCAAAAUUUCUGCCCCUGAACUUGGAGAGAAUGUUUUCAUCUGA